ACGAAGCCAGCGGUCAUGGACGAAGAGCUAUCCGAACUGGAAAGCGGUGCGGUGUUGAGAGAGCACAUUCUGGAUAUGAUGAACGUCUGCUAUCGAGACCUGCUGGGCCAGUCCGCUCUCGGAGGGGAACAGCAGCAGGCCACCGCGAGCAGUGGUGCCGAGUGGUCGCCGGACACCACGCUGCAGCCGGCACCGCCCGAAGGCAGCGCAAACCUGAGGCGAAGCCUCUACGACAAUGCCACUGUCAAUGACCUGCUGCGGCUGGCCCAGAAACAAGGCGACAGCGCAGCCACGCAGAGCAAGUCCGGCGAGUCGAUGGACACCGACAGGUGGCGCUCCUUGCUGAAAACGGCGGCCCGGCCUUUGUUCCUCGCCACGAUAGUGCUGGUUGUCGCCAUCGUGAUCGCGUUCACUUACGCCAUCACCACCGGCGCACGCGUUGAUCGAAGCCGCACGAAGCAGAGCCUGGCGAGGUCACUCAACGGCACGGAUGACAGCGUGGGCUAAAGCGUGGCUACCAAUGCGCAGGAGGUUCUCCUCCUGUGG